CUAGCGUUAUGUCCGUGGAGGUUCCGAUAUAUUUCCAUUUCCUAGUCUUAUUGUGUAAAAGAGUGACAGGAAGUGUGUGAUACCUUAAUCCGUCACGCCUUACACUUGGGGGGGGGGGGGGGAGGAGGGCGCAGUGUUUCGACCGGGGACAGUCCCGGUGAGUGGAGCCCAGGCACGGACGGACAUUUUCAUCCUGAACCGAAACAAAUCCAGCAGAACACACGGAACCAGUCUUUCUAGUUUGAGGUCAAAGUUCAACAGUCAUCAUGGCCGAUGAAUCAGACAUGCGCAAUGAGCUGGCAGACCUGCAGACACGCGCAGACCAGAUAGCCGAUGAGUCUCUGGAGAGCACUCGGCGUAUGCUGUCUCUGGUUGAAGAGAGUAAAGAUGCCGGCAUCAGGACUCUGGUCAUGUUGGAUGAGCAGGGAGAACAACUUGAUCGUAUGGAAGAGGGCAUGAACAAGGUGAACGCAGACCUGAAGGAGGCCGAGAAAGAUUUAAAAGAUUUAGGACAAUGCUGUGGUCUGAUAUGCCCAUGUAUUAAAAAGAUUAAGGGCGGGGGCCAGGCCUGGGGAGCGAAUCAGGAUGGAGUGGUGAACAGCCAGCCAGGGGCACGAGUGAUGGAUGAACGUGAACAGAUGGCCAUCAGUGGGGGCUUUAUCCGCAGGGUAACAGAUGACGCCCGGGAGAAUGAGAUGGAUGAGAACCUGGAGCAAGUGGGAGGAAUCAUUGGCAAUCUGCGUCACAUGGCCCUGGACAUGGGCCAGGAGAUCGACACCCAGAACCGCCAGGUCGAUAGGAUCAUGGAGAAGGCCGAUUCCAACAAGACCAGGAUUGACGAGGCCAACCAGCGUGCAACAAAGAUGUUGGGCAGUGGCUAAACUGCAGCAAAAAGUGCUCUCGUUCCCGUUUAAUCACCCUUAAAGUAACACAACCGACCAAACCCCGCCCGGCGCCCAUUUCCUAUGCUCAGCAGCAGGCGCAGCAAAGUCAUGCUUUUAUUGUGAUACCUGUAGAGGUUUGCACACAUUCACAUAUCAUACUCCCCCCCCCCCCCCUUAAUUAUGCCCUUCACUUACUUCCGUCCCUUUCCUGUCCUUGUUGUCAAUGUACUGUGUUGUUGCUUUUUUAAUUUUGUUAAGAAAUAAUAGUUUUGUUACACAUCAUCCACCCAAACUGUCUCCACACUGUACAUAGUGCUUCUUCAACGUCUUCAUUGACUUAGAUCACUUGUCCUGUCUUCAUCACUCUUUUUUAAGACUGUGUGUAAUAUAAACUGUAAGUACACCUUGUUCCAAAAUGUCCUUCCCCCAUGUCACUAUUCUGGUGUUGUCCAUGUAAGACACACUGUGUAUUCAUCAGUUAAAACAUUGUGAUGCUACAUGAUAAGGCCAUUGAUUUGCCGUGAAUAUAGUGAACAUACAGCCCACACAGCCUUUAACCAAGGCCACUGUUUAAAUACAGAUUUAUUAAUGUUGUUGUAGAGCCGCUCAGAUCUUAAUAACAUCGUAGACCAUGGAUACUCAGUUAAGUAUUUGAGCCAUUCAGAUGAACACAUGGCUUUUUGUUCCUGGCUGUUAGUGCACCACUACUUUACCAACUUGAUUGAUGGAGCAGUGUUAACACAAUUUGAUGUCACAGAUUGGAUAGUUUAUACUGUACUUUUUCCUCAGGGAGCUAAAUCUGACCAUUUAAAAGAAAGGGUUGAUCAUUUAAUUUAUUUGUUGUAAUUCAUAAUAAGGUUGCAAAUAUGUUAACCGUGGCAUUGUUGAAGGGACUCUUGUUUAACCAUCAGAAACAGAUUGGGCAUUAACUAUAAUAGCUAGCAUUAUGAUUGAUAUUAAAAGGAGGUGGAGCUUUGCUAAGGUCACAGUUCAACAUUAACCAAUUCCAGGCAAAGUUACAGGGGGGUUACAACCUCUUCACAUCCCAGGCCAGCCUGCUUUACCCAUGAUUCAACCCUUGCAAUAUCAAGUGUGUUAUGCAUGCUCAUCCGCUGCUAGGAGACACUGAAUAAUUCAUUUAUUCAGACAAAAAUAUCCUAACAUGGCAACCGCAUGCUACAUAUGUAGGCCACACAGAAGAGAGGCCCAUAUUUAUCUCCAAGAGUGCCACUCUUUUGUUUCAUGGCUCUUAACCUUUCCAGACUGUGACCGUCACUGUAAAAUAAUACCUUGGAAAAUGCCAAUAAAACCAUCAUAACUGUAGA